ACACACACACAUUAUACAGCCUGUAAUCCCAGCACUUGGAAGGAUCAGAAGUUCAAGACCAGCCUCUGCUAUGUAGUGAGUCGUUAGCCGCCAACCUGGACUAUUAUGAGACCGUAUCUCAAACACCCCAAAACCCAUUACUGGGCUUUGAGCCUGACUCCUGCCCUUUAGAGCCAUUCAAAAAAAAAUGUAGACAUUUAAAGGAAACUUUGGAGAAUCUGAAGACUCUAAACGUAGAGAAUUGUAAAGACUUAGUGCCUCGGGGAGUAUGGAGAACGGGGCGGCGAGUUCUGACAACCUCGCUUUUAGACAAGUCCGUCGACCUUCGGCCCUGGCUCCUGUUUCCUGCAGGAGAAACCCUGCCCUACAUUCCCACCUAGUGGAAUCUUCUGUAAAAAACCAGUAAGGAAUGUGAAAGGGGAAAGUUCAGCCCCACACCUGCCUCCCGCCACCCCGGCACGACCAAGCGCAUGCCUACGUUUGUUACUCUGAGCAGGAGGAAAGGCACCUCUCAGUCUCUAUUUCUGGAAGACCCAGAGGGUGCCCACGGCCCAGGUGUGGAGGGCAGCCAGGUACCCUUCCCCUCGCCCCAGAAGUCACCCGCACAGCCGGAACGCCGGCGGGUUCUGCAGCAACGGCUCGGGAACUGCCGGCCUCCGCGUCCGCAGCGCCGCCGCCAGCCAGGCUGCAGCCCAGUCUGACCCCAGCGUCUGCGCUCCCGCCGGCCACCGGGAACCAGCUCGUCCAGGAAGAAUGCAAACAGAGAGGAGCAUCCAGUCUUUGGGCAACAGAUACAGGCAAACCCCCUUUUCGUACGAUGUCAAGCGAAACGUGUACAAUGAGGAGAAUUUCCAGCAGGAGCACAAGAGGAAGGCUCCCUCUUCCGGGAACGUGGAUGUCAACAUCACCACCUUCAAGCACAAUGUCCAAUGCCGCUGCUCAUGGCACAAGUUCCUACGGUGCAUGCUUACGGUCUUCCCCUUCCUCGAGUGGAUGUGUCUGUAUCGAUUCAAGGACUGGCUUCUUGGAGACUUGCUUGCUGGUUUAAGUGUUGGUCUUAUUCAAGUUCCCCAAGGCCUGACACUUAGUUUGCUGACGAGGCAGCUGAUCCCUCCCCUCAACGUGACUUACGCUGCCUUCUGCUCUUCAGUCAUUUAUGUAAUAUUAGGAUCAUGUCAUCAAAUGUCCAUCGGCCCCUUCUUCCUCGUCAGUGCUCUCAUGAUCAACGUCCUGAAGGAGAGACCGUUCAACAACGGCCACCUGAUCAUGGGAACUUUUGUCAAGGAUGACUUUUCUCUCCCAACCUUCUACAUAAACUAUAACGGAUCCUUGAGCGCGGUAGCAAGUACAACUUUCCUGACUGGAAUUAUUCAGCUGUCAAUGGGUAUGCUGGGAAUGGGCUUCAUGGCCACAUACCUUCCAGAUGCCGCAAUCAGCGCUUACCUGGCUGCUGUGGCCCUACACAUCAUACUGGCCCAGAUGACAUGCGUCUUUGGGAUUAUGAUCAGUUUCCACGCUGGUCCCGUCUCCUUCUUCUACAACAUAAUUAACUACUGCGUAGCUCUCCCCAAAGCCAACUCCACCAGCAUCCUGCUGUUCCUCACUGCUGUGGUGGCUCUGAGAAUUAACAAGUGCAUCCGCAUUUCCUUCAACCGCUACCCCAUCGAGUUCCCCAUGGAGCUGUUUCUGAUCCUUGGCUUCUCCAUACUUACAAACAAGAUAAGCAUGGCUACAGAGAACAGCAGGAUGCUGAUCAACAUGAUUCCUUACAGCUUCGUGUUCCCCGAGACUCCAGAGUUCGGCAUUCUCACCAGAGUUAUUUUACAGGCCAUGUCUUUAUCUUUAGUGAGCUCCUUUCUGCUCGUGUCUCUGGGCAAGAAGAUUGCCAGCUUCCAUAACUACAGAAUCAACUCCAACCAGGACUUAAUAGCCAUCGGCCUCUGCAACGUGGUCAGCUCCUUUUUCAGGUCUUGUGUGUUCACGGGAGCCAUGGCCAGGACUAUUAUCCAGGACAAAUCUGGAGGAAGACAGCAGUUUGCAUCUCUGGUAGGCGCAGGUGUGAUGAUGCUCCUGAUGGUGAAGAUGGGGAGCUUCUUCCACAACAUGCCCAACGCCGUACUGGCGGGGAUCAUCCUGAGCAAUGUGAUACCCUACCUCGAAACCAUUUACAACUUACCCAGUCUGUGGAGGCAGGACCAAUACGACUGUGUUGUUUGGAUGGUGACAUUUUCCUGUGCUAUUUUCCUGGGACUAGACGUGGGACUGCUUAUUUCAUUAGUCUUUGCAUUCUUUGUCAUCACUGUCCGCUCGCACAGAUCGAAGAUCCUUGUCUUGGGUCAGAUCCCCAACACCAACAUCUACAGGAGCAUCAAUGACUACCGGGAGGCGGUGCUCAUCCCUGGGGUGAAGAUCCUGCAGUGCUGCAGCUCCCUCACCUUUGUCAACGUGUACAAGCUGAAGCACAAGCUGCUGAAAGAGGUCAAUAUGGUGAAGAGGCCUCUUAAAGAAGAAGAAAUAUUCACCCUGUUUAAUACAAGUCAGACCAGUGUAUCGGAACACAGUAUUUGCCGGUGUUUCUGCGACUGUGAAGAGCUGGAGCCGGAGCCCAGGGUCGUCUACACAGAGCGCUAUGAAAACAAACAGGAUCAUGACCAGUCCUCCAUUAACCUGAUCCGCUGCUCCUACCUGGGCAACGGGGAGCUGGAGAGUGAAACCACUUCCGAGGAACAGAUCCCCUACACAGUGUCCUCCACAUCGCAGAGAAACCUAGGGCAGAACUACGAGGACACCGAGAAAACCUGGUUGUCCAACAACCCUUCAAGAAACAGUUCACUGCCUCCGCUUGAAACCUCAGAAAGCUUAGCACAGAGUAGAUCCAGAUCCGUCAUCGGCCCGUACUCAGACUCGGGUCUGCAGAGCAACAUCCACACCAUCAUUCUGGACUUAUCCAUGGUGCACUUUGUGGACAGUCGGGCUUUGGUUGUAUUAAGGCAGAUGUGCAAUGCUUUCUACAACGCCAACCUUUUGGUGCUCCUUUCAGGGUGUCACACCUCUGUGGUCAAGUCCUUCGAGAAGAAUGAUUUCUUUGACGAAGGCAUCACGAAGGCCCAGCUCUUCCUCAGUCUCCACGACGCCGUGCUUUAUGCCUUGUCCAGGAAGAACCCCGAGCCCUCGGAGUUGAGCAUGGAUGCAAAUGAGACAGUGAUACAGGAAACCUACUCGGAGUCGGACAAGAAUGGCAAUAUGAGCAAUCUGAGACAUAAAACCGGUAGCAGCAUCAUGGAGGGUUCCCAACGUGCAAGUCCGAACUUCGUCAAGAUCCAUAAGCCCAUUAAGGAUGACUUGGAGUUUGACCUGGAGCCCACGCUGAAUUCUGAACAGAACAGUGAUCUGGGGCUCAGUCUGGAUCUGGACCUGAACUUGGACCAGGAGUCAGAGCUGGAACCUGAAUCUGAGCUGGAGUCUGAGAUUCAAGCCAAAUCUGACCUAGAUACAGAGCUUGAGACGGAUGCCCAGACAGAGCUUGAGACGGAGGAGGAGCUGGAGCCGGAGCUAGAGACACAGAGAGAGAGGAAGCCCCAGCCUAGGGCCAAGGCAAGGUCUCGGAGCCCCUGGCGGAACUACUUCACUCUCUACCGCUUCGGGGCUCCAAGCUCCCAGUCUCGGGUUCCACCCCGGACACACGCCGUGGAGAAGAAGCAGCCACAAGCUUAUCCACGCUCGCCCCAAUUAAACGAGGACACGUGGUAGGUGAGCUGGAACUAGAUAGCAGGCAGAUUGUCUUGGCAAAUCCUCCCUGCCCGAAAGGCAUCACUUGGACGUGAGAUCUAGGCUGGGUAUAAGCCAUCGGUCCUGGCUCUGUGACCCUCCACCUGCUGAAUUCCUUCUUACUGGGUUCUGGGAUCACAUGCCCAUCAUACUCCCAGGCUGCGUGACUCAAGGCCGACAUUAUCUCUGAGGUCUGUCCCCAGGUGUCCCAGAUUUCCCCUUCAGCAGAUUUCUGGUGCCGCCUUCCCUGCACAUAUUCCACGUCUCUGGGAACUGUGCCAGAGUGUCUCUGACUACCUCCUCUCCUCUCUGUUCCCCUUUCUCCAAAGAAAUGAGGCUCAAAUAAAAUAUGUGACUGCACUUAAUGUU